GAUACAAAAAAAGAAAAAAAGGGAGCGUGUUCUCCACAAGUUGACAUCUUUACUUAUCAUCUCCUUCCAACUAACUUCCUUACUUUGCAACGAAGGGCGAAAAUAAACCCGAUCAAUGGCUAGCAUUCUUGGCGUGGGUCUUCCUUUCGGGCUAUCAACCGCACCACCACCACUCAAAAGAUCAGCCACUGGCAGCGGAAUUGCGUCACGGCGGAUGGUGGGGGUAGUGAAAGCAGAAGGCGGUGGUGGCAUAAACCCUGAAAUCAGAAAGUCGGAAGACAAAGUCGUUGACUCGGUCGUCGUUACCGAACUCGCUAAACCCCUCACCGCUUAUUGCAGGUGUUGGAGGUCAGGGACAUUCCCACUUUGUGAUGGGAGCCAUGUAAAGCACAACAAAGCCACCGGAGAUAAUGUUGGCCCUCUCUUGUUAAAAAAACAAUAGAGAAGCCUAUUCUACAUAUAUAUAUAUAUAUAUAUAUAUAUGUUAAUUAAUAAUAUCUCGUAUGAAUACUUCAUGAUCAUGUGUGUUAUGUGUGCACUUGAACAUCAACUAUUUGCAUCUGAAUCUUUCAUAUAGAGUAUGCCUACCCAUCGAUGUAUUUGGUUCCUGUUGCGAUUUUGGUUAUGUAUUCAUCCCACUUUAGAACA